ACUGUUCUAACCUUGGUUGGGGUUCGAGUCAAGGUAAAGUGCGCAGAAGGUCAUGGUGGGAGUAACCGGAGGAAGGGCAUAGUCUAACCUUGAUCAGGAGUCGGGACUGGACGACGCGACGGAACGAGGCGAGCGAGCGCAUGGCGAAAUGGGUGACAGAUACUGAGCACAUUGACCGACCGAGGCAGGAUCAGCGAUGAGCAUGCAGAUCUUGCCUGCAGCGUGCGAGCCGGCGCUAAAAUCAUUGAUAGGUCCCAUUUUGCGGGCGGCGAAAAGUCGCAGCAAUUGGUGCGGAAGAGCAGGAGUGCGGAACGCCAAAGUUCGCAGUUGCGGUCAGAUGAGUUUUGCCAUUUCUUCUAUCGGAUGUUUCGUGUCUUCUUCAUCUUGCUCAAGUGGUCGCCAGGUCGUCGCGUUGAGAGGUGUAGGUUGUUUUGGGGCUAGACGGGCUGCGAAUUUGGGGAGCAAGAGUUUGUUGAGACGAGAUUUUUGUCUUAAGAACGGCGAGAUUCACGAGAGGGAAUUGAAGUCCCAUACGGGAGUUGUUGCGGCCAUGACUUCUGCGAGUGGAAGCCCCCCUGUUGGCUACCGUCCUAAUGUAGGGGUUUGUUUGGUGAAUGACAAGAACGAGGUGUGGGUUGGUUCAAGGUUGGAUCUCCCAGAUUCCUGGCAAAUGCCUCAAGGCGGUGUGGAUGAAGGAGAAGACCCUCAACAAGCGGCUAUUCGGGAGUUGAGAGAAGAAACGGGGGUAACGUCUGCUGAGUUGAUCGGAGAGGUUGCCGAGUGGCUGACCUACGACUUUCCACCCGAUGUUAAAGCGAAGAUAACCAGGUUGUGGGGAAAACCUUGGACAGGCCAGGCUCAAAAGUGGUUCUUGUUUCGUUUCACAGGUGAUGAGAGCGAGGUGAAUUUGGCGGGAGAUGGCACGGAACCAGCAGAGUUUGCUAACUGGAAGUGGUUGCCUCCAGAGGAUGUCAUAAAGAUGGUUGUGGACUUCAAGAAGCCGGUCUAUUCCAGAGCUUUCAAGUCACUUGCAGUGUUCGUAGAUUCUUGGUCAAAAUUGUAGUAAAAGAAUGAAAUUACAAUUGGGGAAACCGGGUUCAUAUAGAUCUCAGGCUGUUGCAUCUUACCGAUCCAUGGGUGAUCUGAGGCCCCGCUUGGUUCAAUGCGAGUUCAGGCCGGCAAGUCUUAAGGGGACAAUGGUAAUAAUUCAUUUCUCAAGUCACAUAAAACCUCGUUUUCUGUUGUAUCUCAUUGCCAAAUGGGAACACCAACACACUCUGCGAGGUCUUCACCACGACGUGCUAUUAUGACACAUCUCGUAAGAGACAUUGUGUCAUGCGAGAGAUCAACCCUAAGUCCUUUCAUCGUAGCUUUGGGUCCCCUCGUUCAUUUAUCUUGUAAUGUCUAGUAAGGCCACAAAAGAAAUUUGAUCCUGCGGUAAUUGUGAGGCGACGGCAGCAUGUUCAUGUGCCGUUCAGAGUCAAAUAUUCGGUACACUGGAAAGUAUAUUUGUAGUUCAUUGUAAACGUCCGAAUGGACGUCUAGUAGAGCUGGAAAAGUGUCAAAGUCUAAUACUGGUCCAUGAUUUGUCUGUCUUGUCGACUGUCGUUGUUCAUCCUGUUUACCUCAUUCCUGUGCUUCAUGUAAAGACGUAGAUGUAGUGAAAAGAUCGUUUGCCGUUUGUGGGUUGAACACGUGUCACGUCUGCAGGCGUACAACAGGGCUGUUAUAUCAGGGUCGUCAUGUUACCCUUCUACUAGCAUCCAGGCUGGAAAUUUGACAAGUUAGUCGCGAAAAGGAGGUCUCCAGUCUAUAAGUGUCUGACGAAAUUUAGCAGACGAAAUGACGUAAGAAGGUAACUCCCCUGGA